AUGCUCCGCCGUAAGACGCCGAACGGAAUCCUUGCAGCCGCCUACGAUGGGACGUCGGUCGAGGAUAACGGAGCCCCGCACGCAACCAAGCACAUCCUGCUCCCGGUCACCGCCGAGUCCAGCAUGCCGUACGGCAUGAAACAAGACCUUGCCCUGCGCUCACCUGACUUCAACCGCCCCUAUGGGCACUACCAGCCUGAGAGGUCCUCGGAAUGGAGCCCAAGCUUGUACUUUGAGACGGGCUCGGGGAGGUCAAGUCAGCACAUCCCUCAGAUCGACUCCAUGCUGAACCAGAUCCCUCCACUGCAGCAAACACAGCUGCCUUAUCAGAUGUACGGCCAGCAGUUUGGAGGCGUCAUGGGCCCUGGCAUGCAAAGCCCCUUUGCACCAACCGUGUCCAACGACCAAGGCCCGUUUGGACCAUACUGGCCUGAUGGUGCUUAUGUUCCCUAUCAGCCUGCCGCAAUGCGAGAUCCUCGCUACGUACACCACCCUGGCCACAGCUGGACACACCCUCAACAUCACGCGUACAUGGCACGAGGCUAUACCAACGCGAUACCUGGCGGUUCUGCCUUUGCUCCACAGUCUUACCAACUCAAUCAACCUAACCUAUACCAGAAUCCCGGUGCACUCCCUCUUGAAUAUUCAGCAUACGCCCCAGCUCACAAACUAGCUUUCCAGACACCAAACUUGCCGCCUCACAUCCUUCAAGCGCGCCCGGACUACUUUGCCUCGGGUCGAUCGACUCCCGUUUCGACGUCGCUUGCCGAGUACGGGCCUCAAUCGCCGAAUGGACAAUCCAGAGAGAAGGUCUUUGCUUGGGCUCACACAGUCUACGUUGAUCUUCUCAAGUUCUUGCAGUCGACGAGGAAGGCAAACAUGCAGCAGAACCACGGACGCCAGCCACACAGGCCUCACAUCUAUCCAAAGCCACCUCGACAGCCAGGAGCAAACUUCGGAGAGGAUUCGAGUAACCGUACCUCGAAACUAUCCCACAGGCGCCUUUCGUCUCCUUCCAUCAGUUCGCAAUCACCCUUUCAACCCCCCUCAGACAAGGCUUCUAGACGGCCUACGCAUUACCGAUCGGCGUCCUCAUACUCCUCGACCGGGCUUGAUUCCAACAGCCAGCGGCAACCCUGGCAGCAUGCGAGUCAGCAACACCCGAUGCCGUCUCCAGUCCCUGGCAUGGACCCCGUGCAUACCUUGCGUCGGACUUCAGGGUCGGUCUCAAGCGUACAUCAGGGUCUACGCUCAGAUGUGCCUCCGAGCAUGACGGCUGCAUCGGCGCUGGAAGCGAUAACGAAGCAUUGCGAGGAGAGUAAAUGGAAGUGGAUUGAUGGCAUGCUGCUCGGCGGAUGUCUUGCAUAUGCUCUGGGCGACUACCAAAAAGCACAGAAUUGGUACCAGCACAUACUCACCUUGGACAGUGACCAUGUGGAAGCUAUAUCCAACCUCGCCGCUACCGUUCUCGCGCUUCAGCAAAAACUGGAUGCGGAACGUUAUUGGAGACGAGCUGUUAAGCUACGUCCAAGCUACUUCGAGGCUGUCGAACACCUCAUUGGUCUGUUGUGUAGUGACCAGCGAGGGCGAGAAGCUGUUCAAGUCAUCGAGGAAGUCGAACGCUCCUUGCGGUUUGCUAGGAGGACCGAUGCCCUCAGAAGCCUCGAGCUUGAGAGUGAACGUCCACGCUCCGGUGUAAGUGAAUCGCCAGGCCUAUCCGACGCUUCAGACAGACCACUGUUUGAAUUCGAAGGAGAAGAUGAAUCCAUCUUCAAAGAUCUCGAUGAACUCCCCGGCUCCGAUCAACCUGGCUUUGGCUCCAGUGGAUAUGCAAUACCUGGAUGCGACAAUGGUCGUAUCCUUGCCUUGGUACAUGCCAAAGGUAAUAUGCUGUAUGCCCUAGGCAACAACGUUGAUGCUGCGAGAGCCUUUGAGAAUGCUGUUCUGAUCGGAGCUGGAACACAGGCCAACGGUAUCGGGGGUCUCAUCAAACGUAUCCUCUCUGUCGUUGGCUAUGAGGCUUCGGAGCGGUCGCCUGGCGGUCGUCGUGUAGCUCCAUCCACGGACCCGGUCCUCCUUCCACCAGACUCUGCGACUAGGACUGCGCACUUGUGUUUCCCUCCCCAUGGUCAAUUGCCAGGUCUUGUACAUGUUACGAGCGAGGGUCUGGCACGCAAAGCGGCCAUCUCGACGACCAGCAAUUCCCUGUUAUCAUUGGCAAAGAUCUUCCAAGAUGGUAUGGCGACCAACUCGCCAAAAGCUGCAACCUACCAGAGCAACUUCGGCGUGCGCGAAAUUCUGGCUCUCUACUACCUGUCUCUAUCGCUGCAGCCAAGCCCAUCUACUGCAAACAAUGUGGGUAUUCUGCUUGCAAGCGUGCAGCAAUCGGCGCCCUCCAAGCCCAUACCUGUUUCGAACCCAACACCAUACCCACAGAUACCGGGACUGGUCCCAGGUAGCGGCGUCGCGCUUGCACUUGCGUACUAUUACUAUGGCUUACAGUUGGACAAGCGUCAUGCGCAUCUCUACACUAACCUUGGUAGCCUACUCAAGGAUAUUGGCCAACUAGACGUGGCCAUCUCCAUGUACGAACAAGCAGUCCACUGCGACCAGAAUUUUGACAUUGCACUUGCCAAUCUGGCCAAUGCUGUGAAGGACAAAGGACGCAUCAGCGACGCGAUCGUGUACUACAAACGAGCUGUCAAGUCCAGUCCCGACUUCGCAGAGGCAGUGUGCGGGCUUGCAAACGCCCUCAAUUCCGUGUGUGGUUGGAACGGUAGAGGAGGCAUUGCUGAGGGUCAAGGCGCACGAGACCGCUGGCAUGUUGACGAGAAUGGCAUGCUUCUCGAUGCAAAGAUUCCAGGUGCUUCUAGCUCGGGUUGGGUUCAUAAAGUCGUCAAGCUAGUCGAGAAGCAGCUUGCAGACGGCGAAGGCUGGGGACGUGGAACUAUGAACGAGCGCUUCGUCAAAGAUGUUUGUCGCCCACUUGCCCUUACCGAUGCUUCCGCAGAGGAUAUCAAAGACAAGCAAGACAGCAUGGCAGCGACUGUAGCCAGUUGGAGAGGCCAAAAAUGGGAAGGUGCACGCAUGGUGCGCCUGGUUGAGCGCGCCGUUAGGCGACUGACUUGGCAAUGGUACCAGGAUCGAUAUGUGACAGGCAAGGAACGAGGACCGGAAAGCUACACGAGACCACAUUUGCCCGCCGCAUUGACGGUGCCUGCGGCGCCUACGGUUCUCCCAUUCCACACGUUCACAUGUCCCAUGUCUGCUGAACAGAUUCGGUUGAUCUCACAACGGAACGGACUGCGUAUUUCCUGCUCGACUUUGAGAGCUCCUUGGCUCCCACCAACGGUCUUCCAGCCGCCACAUCCACCAAAACCAUAUCUCAAGGUCGGCUAUGUCUCAUCAGACUUCAACAACCAUCCACUAGCGCACCUCAUGCAAUCGGUAUUCGGCUUGCACGAUACAAGCAAGGUAAAGGCAUUUUGUUAUGCAACCACCGCAAGCGAUGGCUCUGAGCACCGCAAGCAAAUUGAGAGAGAGUCACCUGUCUUUCGCGAUGCCAACAAUUGGUCAGCUGAACGACUCGUCAACCAAAUCAUCAAAGACGGCAUACACAUCUUGAUCAACCUCAACGGCUACACUAGGGGAGCGCGUAACGAGGUCUUUGCUGCUCGCGCAGCUCCAAUCCAGAUGUCGUUCAUGGGUUUCGCCGGAACACUGGGCGCAGAGUGGUGCGACUAUCUUCUCGCUGACGACACGUCUGUGCCGCCGGACACUCUUCGCCGGUGGCGCCGCAACAUUGACAUGGAAGACGCCUUGGUCGAUGAGAAUAGUGGAGGGUCAGACAAGGACUGGAUCUAUGGAGAAAACAUUGUUUUCUGUCGUGACACAUUUUUCUGCUGCGACCACCGACAGAGCGCGCCCGAUGCGCAAGGCAGGCAGCCUAAUUGGGAAGAAGAGCAGGAACGGAGAUGGGCUAUGCGCAAGGAGAUCUUCCCACAGCUACGGGAUGAUGCAAUCAUUCUUGGUAACUUUAAUCAACUGUACAAGAUCGAGCCCACGACUUUCCGGACCUGGCUGCGCAUACUACAACGCCUGCCAAAAGCCAUCCUAUGGCUCCUACGAUUCCCCGACUUGGGCGAGACCAACCUCAAACAAACGGCGCUCAUGUGGGCAGGCCCCGAGGUCGCUAACAGAGUCAUAUUUACCGACGUUGCGCAAAAGCAUCAGCACAUCUCCCGUGCCAGAGUAUGCGACCUCUUUCUGGAUACGCCAGAGUGCAACGCCCAUACAACAGCCGCUGAUGUGCUCUGGUCCGGUACUCCCUUGCUCACGCUUCCACGGUAUAAAUACAAGAUGUGCUCUCGGAUGGCAGCAUCAAUUCUCAAGGGUGCAUUACCAAAGUCCCCCGACGGUGCACAGGCUGCGAAAGAACUCAUAUCAGCCGAUGAUGACGAUUAUGAAGAGAAAGCCGUUCGCCUUGGCAGCGACUGCAUCUACCAAGGCCACCGCGCAACGGGACGACUAAGCGAGCUUCGCAAGAUGCUCUACGAAUCACGAUGGACGAGCGCGCUUUACGAUACCACACGAUGGGUCAGAGACCUCGAAGAAGCUUAUCAAAUCGCCUGGAGGAAAUGGGAGGUGGGCGAAGGAGGAGACAUUUGGCUGAAAGACACAGAAUCCGCCCGAGUGGAGGAAGUUGCAUAA